GGUGCUGAUGCUGCGGUCAGUGUUUGGUCACUGAGACCAACAGGACGUUAUCCAGAGCGUUAAAGACUCCGAUCUCGCUCCAUCUCAGUUUAUGGUGAUUUAUUAAUAACCUGCUUGAAGGAGACAGUGUUUAACCAGGUUCGUCAUGGUGGACGCGGCGGAAUGCGGAGUCAAAGUGAUGUGCCGUUUCAGGCCACUGAACGAGUCGGAAAUUACCAGAGGAGACAAAUACAUACCAAAAUUUAAGGGCGAGGACACGGUCGUUAUUUCGGGUAAGCCCUACGUGUUUGAUCGAGUUCUUCCUCCAAACACAACCCAAGAGCUGGUCUACGAUGCCUGUGCUAAGCAGAUCGUCAAAGACGUUCUUGAUGGAUACAAUGGAACCAUUUUUGCCUAUGGCCAGACUUCAUCAGGGAAGACUCAUACCAUGGAGGGGAACCUCCAUGACCCAGGACGUAAGGGCAUCAUUCCUCGCAUUGCACAGGACAUCUUUGACCACAUUUACUCCAUGGAUGAGAAUCUCGAGUUCCAUAUCAAGGUAUCCUACUUUGAGAUUUACUUGGACAAAAUCAGAGACCUGUUGGAUGUUUCUAAGACCAACCUCGCUGUGCAUGAAGACAAAAACAGAGUACCAUAUGUCAAGGGUUGCACGGAGCGUUUUGUGUCCAGCCCGGAGGAGGUGAUGGACGUUAUCGACGAAGGCAAAGCUAAUCGUCAUGUUGCUGUCACAAACAUGAAUGAGCACAGCUCACGUAGCCACAGCAUCUUCCUGAUUAACAUCAAGCAGGAGAACAUGGAGACGGAGAAGAAGCUGAGUGGGAAGCUCUACCUGGUGGAUCUGGCUGGAAGUGAAAAGGUCAGUAAAACAGGAGCAGAAGGAGCUGUCUUGGAUGAAGCUAAAAAUAUCAAUAAAUCUCUCUCAGCCCUGGGCAACGUCAUCUCCGCACUGGCUGAGGGAACUAAAACGCACGUGCCGUACAGAGACAGUAAGAUGACUCGAAUCCUGCAGGACUCUCUGGGUGGAAACUGCAGGACCACCAUCAUCAUCUGCUGCUCGCCGUCUGUCUUCAACGAGGCUGAGACCAAAUCCACACUUAUGUUCGGCCAGAGAGCCAAGACCAUCAAGAACACAGUGUCUGUUAACAUGGAGCUGACAGCUGAGGAGUGGAAAAAGAAGUACGAGAAGGAGAAGGAGAAGAACAGAGGUCUGAAGAUCAUCAUCCAGAAACUGGAAAAUGAACUGAAGCGCUGGAGGAGAGGUGAAGCAGUUCCAGUGGAUGAGCAGCAGAAGAGUAAAGAAAUGAAGAACUCAGAAGCCAUACCCACAAUUGACAGUCUAGCUCCGCCUCCUCAACCACUCUGUGACACGGAGAAAACCCAGUACGAAGAGCUGAUCAAUGACCUCUACCUGCAGCUCGAUGACAAGGACGAUGAGAUCAAUCAGCAAAGUCAGCUGGCAGAGUCACUGAAACAGCAGAUGGUGGAUCAGGAUGAGUUGUUAGCAUCAACGCGGCACGACUGUGAGAAGCUCCAGGAGGAGUUGAUGCGUCUACAGCGUGAGCACGAGGCAGCCAAAGAGGAGGUGAAGGAGGUGCUGCAGGCACUGGAGGAACUUGCUGUUAACUAUGACCAGAAGAGCCACGAGCUGGAGGAGAAAGGAAGGAGCAACAACCAGCUCAAUGAUGAGUUGAUACAAAAGAGUACACUUCUAUCCACCAUAGAGAGGGAUCUGGCCACGCUGCAAGAAGUGAGUGGACACCACAAAAAGAGAUCUACAGAGAUCCUGAGCAUGCUGCUGCGAGACCUCAGCGAGAUCGGCAGCGUCAUCGGCACCAGCGACCUUAAGACAUCAGCGGAGGGUCCUGGAGCAAUGGAAGAAGAGUUCACCAUGGCACGUCUCUACAUCAGCAAGAUGAAGUCAGAGGUGAAGUCGCUGGUGAACCGCAGCAAACAGCUGGAAGGAGCUCAGGCCGAAACAUCACGGAAGCUUCAGGCCAAUGAGAAAGAGCUGGCAUCCUGCCAACUCCUCAUCUCACAGCUCCAAGCCAAGAUAAAGUCCCUGACUGACUACAUGCAGAACAUGGAGCAGAAGAGGAGACAGUUGGAGGAGAGCCAGGACUCGCUGAUGGAAGAGUUGGCUGAACUCCACGCUCAGGAAAAGAUGCAUGAGGUGUCUGUGAUGGACAAGGAGAAGGAGCACAUGAGCAAGAUGAAGGAUGCUGAAGAGAUGAAGACGGCGUUGCAGGAACAGAUGGAGGGUCACCGCGAGGCCCAUCAGAAGCAGCUCUCACGCCUCCGAGACGAGAUUGAUGAGAAGCAGAAGAUUCUGGAUGAGCUGAAAGAUAUGAACCAGUCUCUUCAACUGGAGCAGAAAAAGCUCAUGUCUGACUAUAACAAGUUAAGACAGGAGGAACAAGAGAAGGAUGAAAAGCUGCAGAAACUACUUUUGUUAAAUGAGAAACGGGAACAGGCCAAGGAGGAUCUCAAGGGUCUUGAGGAG